AUGAGGCGGUGUGGUGGCAGUGACAGCACUGGUGAUGGUGAUAGGCAUGGUGAUAGGCAUGGUGAUGGGCAUGAGAACUGCAAUAGUGAUGGUGCGAUCAAGGCUGCAUUGGCCUCUCUCCUCACAGCGCUUGCCCCUCAAAGCCUCUUCCCUUCCGCCCAAUCCCAUGCGUCUGAUCGACCCCACUCUGCUGCUUCCCCCCAAUCACACUCUCGUGCCCCCUCCUCCUUUCUUCCAGCUCUCCCCAUUCGCUCACACACACCACCACUUUCAUUUAAGUCACACCCACCACUCUCGCUUCAUUCACACGCACCACCCACCUCCUCGCCUUCCCUCAUCCCAUGGCUCGUUUUCCAGGACGAUGUAAUUGCUAGGAAGGUUCGUCUGGUGGCGCGCUCUAGGCUCACUGGACCAUUGCUUGUGGAGGAUGUAGCACUGGCAGCGGAUGUUCGUGGUUACUUAACUGGUGCUGGUAACCCUACUGGUGGUGGUGACCCUUUUACUGGACUCACUGGACCGUUGUUAGUGGAGGAUGUAGCAUUGGCAGCGGAUGGUGGUGGUAACCCUAUUGGAGGCAGUAACCGCGUCGCUGCGAACUCCAUGAUCCCUGUGCUCGACUAUUCACAUCUCACCCACAAGUACCUUCCCCCUAUCCUCACCCACAAGUUCCCACUCGCCGCCUCUGCUUUGGAGGAGAGCGAGCAGCUGCUUUUAAAGGGAGGCUCGACUGAGGCUAAUCCUCCCCCCGUCUCUCCUCCCUGUCACCACCUGGAGCCAGACUACUCACAUCUCACCCACAAGUACGUUCCCCCUAUCCUCGCCGGGUUCCCUCUCGCCGCCCCUGCUUUGGAGGGGAGAGACCAGCCGGCCUUAGAGAGAGACACAGGGGAGGGGGGGAGGAGAGAGGGAGUGCGAGUGCUGGUGUUGGGAGGAGGGGCGUUCACUCUGCCCAUGUACCUGAACGCGCACCGACCGGACUAUCACAUUCAGGCAAGUCGAGUAGAUCGGGUGGUGGAAAUCGAUGCUCUCAUGCACCUCGUGGCACAGAGGCUCUUUGGGCUCGCGAGCCGGGGGCUGGAUGACUCAGAAAAAGAGAGGAAGGUGUGGAGGCCAUCCAAUCCCCGGCUAGCGAGCCCAAAGAGCCGGGCGUUGGAUGGGUCAGAAGAGAGGAAAGGCAGGUCUGAUGCGAGCAUGGCCUCAUCAGGCGUUGGGCAUGGAGGAAUGCGACUUAAAUGGAGGGAGGAGCGUGCGAGGAGGAGGGAAGAGAGGCAGAUGCGAAAGGGGAGGGAGGUAAGCAAGGGGAGAGAGAAUGGUGGCAAGAGGGAAAGGGAGAAGGGCGCUUGGAGGAAUAGAAGGAGAGGGAUGAAGGGUGGCAUUCGUGUGCAUAUUGGGGAUGCUAGGCAAUAUGUAGUGUGUCGGUUCUGGUCGCAUGCGAGCGAGCAUCUGUUUCAUAGGGAGUGCGAGAGGAAAGGGUGGAAACCACCGAGACGACCUCGAGGGCAGACAGAGCUCUCCUCCUUCCGACCUGUCCUGCGGUGGUAUUGGGGCAGACUCAUUGUUCCCUGUUCCCCUAUGCAUGCUCCACCCAUUGUCUUCUCAUCCGCCCCUUCCCCCCUUCCCCCCCCUUCCCCCCCCUUUCCCCCAGUGGCGCUCUCUCUUCUUCCGCCAUGCCUGCAGGAGGCAAGGGCGAUGGCGCUCCCUCUUCUUCCGCCAUGCCUGCAGGAGCUGCGGAGGCAAGGGCGAGUUCAUAGCCCGGCACGCCAAACUGCCUCCCUUUCUGCCCCUUGUGGCGCUCUCUCUUCUUCCGCCAUGCCUGCAGGAGCUGCGGAUGCAAGGGCGAGUUCAUAG